AUGCUUGCUGCCAUAUCCGAAGGUGAUGCGGGUCCCUCGUGGACAGAGAUAUUUGAGAGCCGGUUUGGGCCUCGUUGGGAUGGCAUUCAGUCGGCGCUCGAUCAGGUCGUGGGACCAGUUAUGUUUAAUGUAUAUAUUCAGCCUCCUCCCGCUGGCUCGGCGAUAAUCUCCUGUCAUUCCAAUGAUGGCUCAGAGGAAAGGUUUGAGAUUGAACCGGUACGUCUCCUAACCCACUCAUCUCUUGCAAAUGAGCCAUCCUCCGUCGAUGGUAUCUGGGAGUUCUAUGAGUUUGGUGUUGCGCGGAAAUACAUGUAG